UCGCAAUUAUUUCCCCCUGGAUUACAUCCACUAGUGAUAGUGUAUAGGUACGCGAUUGCGUGCUAGAUUUCCGAAAUGUCGAUUCCUUUUAAUGGCACUCGUACGCGCUCAGCAGGAUUAAUAAGUGCAAUUAUAAAACAAUUAAAAUCGGUAAACUUAAAACCGGUAAAAUCAAUCAACAUACAGUUUGAUCCCUUUCAUAAAAAAGCUUCGGAAGUAAGUGUUAUAUUCUCUCACUGCAAAUCAACUGAAAAGAAGAUUAUUGCAACUAAUCCACGUUGUGUUGUAAAACCUCAAAUUGUUUCGGAUUUGUCUGAACCCAUAAUCAAAUUCAAAUUAUUAUCCGGUGAUAACGUGGUAUUCAAAACUACAAAUUUGACAUCUCUGAAUAUUUUGCAACUUUACAACAAACACAUUACUCCAUUAGCUCCAGUUGAAUCUGAAACUGAAAGUAGCAAGAGUCUUGAAGAAGCAAAGAAACGAAAGAAAAAAUAUCCAUUUAAAAUUAAGGCAGGAAACAGACGUAGAGGAUUAAUGUUAUAAGUAACAGUUUA